AUGGCAUCAUUCAUCGGUACUCCAAUAGUCAAUUCUUCUUAUCCACAGCGACAUCAAAGCAGACAACAUCCUAAUCGACAAAAACAACAACAUCAAAAUCGCCGACUUCGGCAUCUCCGUUCUCUCCACCUCCCAAUCCCCCGACCUUCUCCAAGGCGAAUUCGGUACCUUCCUCGCCUCCUCUCCACUCCAGGCUCCCCCUACUGGAUGGCUCCCGAAGUCAUCCAGAUGCAGGCGCCCACCACCAAAUCGGACAUUUGGAGCGUCGGCUGCCUCACGCUCGAGCUCCUCACCGGCAAGCCUCCCUAUUUCAACCUCACCGGCAUGUCCGCGCUCUACCACAUCUGCGAGGACCCCGAGAUCCCCAUCGACGAUCCGCAGCACGUCCUCACUCCCGAUUGUCUCCACUUUAUCCGCGAAUGCUUCCAGAAAAACCCGAACCGACGCAAAUCCGGCGCCCAGCUCCUCGCCUUGCCUUGGUUUGCCGCUCAGCAGAGCCAGCGAAAGAACAGAAUCUUCGUCGACUUCACCGCCAGCCCUGCGCGCAGCCGCGCCGACUCGCGAUCCAGCGCGGCGUCGAGCGGAACCGCGGGGAUGAUCGAGAUUAGUGGGCGCGGAAUCCCGCGAUCGUCGAGUCUGUCGAAGGAAAGCGAGGGAAUUCUGGACGGAUUGGACUUCGGAGACAUGGAGGAGGACUUCUCGGCGACGGCGACGAUGAAGGCGAUGGGGCUGUCGCCGCCCUCGAUGACGCUGCAGCUGCGCGGGUCGAAGGUGAAAUCGGCGUCGAGGACGGCGUCGAGGACGUCGUGGAGGCGAGAAGGCGCGGAUACGAUGGAGAACGUGAGCGAAUCGAGGAUCGUGAUGAGUCUGGCGAUCGUGGAGGAGUUGACGAAGCGAGAGAAAGAGAGAAACGCGGAAACCGCGGUAGGGGUGCUGGAGGAAUUGCUGGAUUGCUGCACGAAGCCGGAGAACGCGAAGGUGAUCGUGAAGGAGAACGGAUUGUACCCUUUGCUGACGUUGAUUCGGCAGAAUCUGCAGAACGAGAAGAAAUGGAGGCGUUGUAACGCGAAGAUUAUUCUGUCCGUCGCCACGUCCGACCCCGAAACCUGCAUUUCUCUCAUGAUGAUGGGCGUUCUGACCAUCAUUACCCACGUCAUCACCGACGAAAUCAACGCCUCUACCGCGCAGGCCGCUUCUUCGCUCAGCCAGUCUGCCGCCAAAACCCAAACCCAAACUCAAACGGUCGUCGCCAGCGCGCAGAAGACGGCGAUCAAGAGCGCGGAGCGGAAGCAAAUCGUGGAUAUCGCGGUGGAAUUGCUGCAGCUGUUCAGCAGCGGACAGGGCGAAGUGCUGGACAUCUUCUUCACCAGCGGAUUGAUCAACUCCGCAGCGAUGCUUCUCAGCCUGAACAAUCUGCAGUACGUGAAAGCGGGGAUCGGGUGUUUAAUCAACGUGUAUAAUAAUAUUUCGUCGGUUCCGCAGAACGUGGUGAUCGACAUUCUCUUCUCUCUCCGCAUCGUUUUGUAUUUAUUCAACGGGAUCAGUUAUUGUCUUUACGACAAGUCCAACGAGGUUUCCACUUUUCCACGGUUUAAAACGAAGGCUUUCCAAGUCGCGUCGCAGCUUUUAGAGCUUCUUCUUUUGUACACAAAGCCGACGACGCCGGAAUACAGCAACACGAUCAUCCGCCACAGCGCUUUAAACACGAUUAUUUGCUCUCUAACGACCGUCAGCUCGACGAUCCGCCCCGGAACUCGCCCGGUGAGCUACUUAGAUGAAUACAAACUGCGCGUGCUUCGAUUGAUGAAGAAUCUGCACACGCUGAAUCACAACAUGUACGAUCAGAACGUUCUCGAUUAUCUUCUUCCUCUCCUCAAUUCCCCCAAUUCCAAUCUCGUCGAAUUCGAUUUCGAUCUUUUGUUGGCAUGA